CCAGCCCCAGGGGUAGAAGAGGGGUCCUGGUAGAAGACUAGUGCCUGUCCUGGUAUAGAGAGCACACACAGCGUGACCUUGGGUGGCAGCUGUUGUCAGCAAUGAAGUCUGGUUGGGAGGCCCAGGUGCCUGGAAGCAAAAUGCUCGUGUGCGUUGCCUGUCGCUGGAGGAGACCAGGAGUCCUCAAGGGUACUUCAGCCGCAGCUUAGGCUGGCCAAGGAUCUGACCGACGAGAUGUGUCCCCAUCAAGCAAGGCACUAGAUGGUGACGUGUUUAGCGUGGGACGAGAUGCUGAAUUGGCACUAAAGGGCUGGCAGAAAUGGGAACCUGGCUGCACCCUAGGAGGUUAGUGCUAGUGAGGAGGAGAAGCCACGGCAGGGCUGACUCAAAGCAGCUGUGGAGUAUGUGAGUAGCCCCUGGAACCCUACCUGCCCUGUCCAUCAUGAUCCAGAGGCUGUGGGCCAGCCGUCUGCUACGGCACCGGAAAGCUCAGCUCCUGCUGGUCAACCUGCUCACCUUUGGCCUGGAGGUGUGCCUGGCUGCCGGCAUUACCUAUGUGCCACCCCUUCUGCUGGAAGUCGGGGUGGAGGAGAAAUUCAUGACCAUGGUGUUGGGCAUUGGCCCAGUGCUAGGCCUGGUUUCUGUUCCACUCCUAGGCUCAGCCAGUGACCAGUGGCGUGGGCGCUAUGGCCGCCGGAGACCCUUUAUCUGGGCUUUGUCCCUGGGUGUCCUGCUAAGCCUCUUUCUCAUCCCGAGGGCUGGCUGGCUGGCAGGACUGCUGUACCCAGACACCAGGCCCCUGGAGUUGGCCCUGCUGAUCUUGGGAGUGGGGCUGCUGGACUUUUGUGGCCAGGUGUGCUUUACUCCAUUGGAGGCCUUACUCUCCGACCUCUUCCGGGACCCAGACCACUGCCGCCAAGCCUUCUCUGUCUACGCCUUCAUGAUCAGCCUUGGGGGCUGCCUGGGCUACCUCUUACCUGCCAUUGACUGGGACACCAGCGUUCUGGCCCCCUACCUGGGUACUCAGGAAGAAUGCCUCUUUGGCCUCCUCACCCUCAUUUUCCUCAUCUGCAUGGCAGCCACUCUGUUUGUGACGGAGGAGGCAGUACUGGGCCCACCCGAGCCGGCAGAAGGGUUGUUGGUCUCUGCCGUGUCGCGCCGAUGCUGCCCAUGCCACGUUGGCCUGGCUUUCCGGAAUCUGGGUACCCUGUUUCCCCGGCUGCAGCAGCUGUGCUGCCGCAUGCCUCGCACCCUACGCCGACUCUUUGUGGCUGAGCUGUGCAGCUGGAUGGCACUUAUGACUUUCACACUGUUCUACACGGACUUCGUGGGAGAGGGGCUGUACCAGGGUGUACCCAGAGCCGAGCCAGGCACCGAGGCCCGGAGACACUAUGAUGAAGGCAUUCGAAUGGGCAGCCUGGGGCUCUUCCUGCAGUGUGCCAUCUCCCUGGUCUUCUCCCUGGUCAUGGACAGGCUGGUACAGAAGUUCGGCACACGGUCAGUCUAUCUGGCCAGUGUGAUGACCUUUCCUGUGGCUGCCGCUGCCACCUGCCUGUCCCACAGCGUGGUGGUAGUGACAGCCUCAGCUGCCCUCACCGGGUUCACCUUCUCGGCCUUGCAGAUCCUGCCUUACACGCUCGCCUCCCUCUACCACCGUGAGAAGCAGGUGUUCCUGCCCAAAUACCGAGGGGACGCUGGAGGUAGCAGCGGUGAGGACAGCCAGACAACCAGCUUCUUGCCAGGCCCUAAGCCAGGAGCUCUCUUCCCCAAUGGACACGUGGGCUCUGGCAGCAGCGGCAUCCUGGCCCCUCCACCUGCACUCUGUGGGGCCUCUGCCUGCGAUGUCUCCAUGCGAGUGGUGGUGGGUGAGCCACCUGAGGCCAGGGUUGUUACGGGACGGGGCAUUUGCCUGGACCUGGCCAUUCUGGACAGUGCCUUUCUGCUGUCCCAGGUGGCUCCGUCCCUGUUCAUGGGCUCCAUUGUCCAGCUGAGCCACUCUGUCACUGCCUAUAUGGUAUCAGCUGCAGGCUUGGGUCUGGUCGCCAUUUACUUUGCUACACAGGUAGUGUUUGACAAGAACGACUUGGCCAAAUACUCAGUGUAGAAUUGUGUAAGGCAUCAAAGAGAGGGUCUGCCUCAUGGGUUCUCAGCCCUUAGAGGGCUGCAGAGCUGGCCUCUCCAGGUCUUUGUCGCCUAAGUGGCUCUCUGCUGCCACCCUAAGGCAGUGAGGUGUAUUGUUGCACAGAUAGGAGCCAGAGCUUUCGGGGCUCUGGCUUCAGAGUCUGGCUGGCCUACUGGCAGCCUCUCGCAUGGAAGUCAUUCUGAAGUUCUGCAGGGAUUGAAAUGUGGUCUGUUCAGGUGUCCUGUAUCAAGGCUCCAGGUUAACAGCUAACCUCCUGCUUAAGUCACCAGAGGGAGGAUUUGGGGGACCUGAACAAACUUCCCUCCAAGUCCCUUGACCAGAUUCUGCCACUGUUGCUCUUGCAUGGGAGUUUCUUGUAGGAUGCUCUCCUCCACAGGGUUUGGCAGGGUGGAAGUUGGAAGGAGGAACCCUAGCAGGCAAGAUGAAACCCCGUGAUCUACAGCACUGCCUUUCUGCUGAGUCUCCCACCCCCCACUUGUUUCAGGAAAUGGCUCAGCUUGUUGGCCACAGAGACACAGGCCUUUAAAUAUUUAAUUUAUUAUUUAUUUAACAAAUGAGAAGAAAAUUCAUUCCCAGCCUUUUUAUGUUGUGCCUAGGAGUUGAGUAGGGUGGGAUUCCCCAAAACUGGGUCCCCUAAAAUAGCUGGUCACUGUGUUAGAUAUUGCCAGACUCCUCUUCUGGGGUGAUAGAUAUGGUCCCCCAAACUGCUCAGCCCAGUACCUCGGGCAAUCUCUUCAUCCUAAUUGAGAGCCAUAAGAUGUUCCUGCUCAAGGAUUGGGACCCAAGGUCUCCACAGCAUACCAAAUCCCAAUUCUCUCUUGACCCAGUUUGGUUCCCUGAUUGCCCACUUCUCCCUAUGGGAAAGGACUGUGAAGAGAUUGCCCUUCCAAGUCUGUCCCCUGGCUCCAGGACCUCUCUAUGGGGCUUUCUGAAUCCUAAGCACAAAUGUGGUUCCUUAGGCUUCUGCCCAUCUCAGCCUCUGGGGCAUAUCUGUCACAGCCUGGGGAAUCUCACACAAACUCAGGAGUACUCCCCGCCAGAGCCAGUGAGCUCAUCACGUCGAGGGGGAUUUCAGUGCUGAUUGCAAUAAUGUUAUCUAUGUCUUAUUUAUUUAGCAGAGUAAAUAUUUUAUACCGUAUGUGAUAAAUCAGAGUAUAAUGUUUAUGGUGAUGAAAUUAAAAGCUUCGUAUAUGUUUACUUGAUAU